AUGGCAAACCCCACAAAGCAAGCCAGAAGACCGCUCUCAUCACCAACUACAUCACACCAACCAUCUUUGCUGUCGUCCUUCUUCUCUCGCCCGACGCCGGUGUAUGCCUCGGCCGCCCUUCUCCGCCUAGUUUUUUUCCUAUACGGCCUCUGGCAAGAUGCCAACUCCCCCGUCAAGUACACCGAUAUCGACUACUUAGUUUUCACCGAUGCUGCUCGGUUUGUUUCCCGCGGCCAGAGCCCCUAUGAACGGGAGACAUACCGCUAUACUCCCAUCCUCGCCUGGCUGUUGCUUCCAACGGCCUUCACCACGGGACUCCCGUUUGUCGACGCGGCCCUUUUCAGCUCCGGGAAAGUCUUAUUCGCGAUUUCCGACCUGGUCGCUGGGUGGUUACUAGAGCGUGUUUUGGCGAAGUCAAUGGAACGGUCAAGGGCGCGGAAGUUUGCCGCAAUAUGGUUGCUCAACCCGAUGGUCGCUACGAUCAGUACGAGGGGAAGCUCCGAAGGUGUACUUGGGGUCCUCGUUAUGGCGCUUCUCUCUUCGGUCCUGUCCAAGAGGGUCACUCUUGCUGGCCUACUUCUUGGAUUCAGCGUGCAUUUCAAGAUCUACCCUUUCAUCUAUGCGCCAGCGAUCAUCUGGUGGAUGGAUGCGGACCGAAUGAGCAGCAAGAAGAAUACGCCCCCGAAACUUCAGGCUUCCUCGAUCCCGGACAAAGUCUUCGCCUUCAUCACCCCCGCCAGGGUUCAACUCGCGCUCACCAGCUUCAUCACCUUCUUUGGUCUCAACUUCGCCAUGUACUUCACAUACGGCUUCCCCUUCCUCCAACAUACCUACCUCCACCAUGUCACCCGUAUCGACCACCGCCAUAACUUCAGCCCCUACAAUACCCAUCUCUACCUUGCUUCCUCCCCUUCCACUUCAAACUCAACUCUCUCGUCGUCGUUACCGGGAAGUGGUGGUGGAAUUGAAUCACUCGCGUUCCUCCCGCAACUCGUCCUCGCUUGUGUUCUGAUUCCUCUGGGGUUAGCCAAGCGUGACCUCCCCACGGCCAUGCUCGCUCAAACAUUUGCCUUCGUUACGUUCAACAAAGUUUGCACUAGCCAGUACUUCCUUUGGUAUAUGGUCCUUCUUCCGCUCUACCUGCCCCAUUCCUCCUUUCUGCGCAACAAAAUUCAUGGUAUCACGGCAUUAGGGUUGUGGGUGGCAUCUCAAGGACUGUGGUUGCAACAGGGCUAUGAGCUGGAGUUUUUGGGAAAGAGUUCCUUUUUGCCGGGAUUGUGGCUUGCCUCCUUGGGGUUCUUUUUGGUAAAUUGUUGGAUUUUGGGGACAAUAAUUGGGGAUUCGUGUAAUGUUAAGGGUGGUUGA